CAACAUUUUUAACAUGGCCGCAUGUUGAACGAAACGAUUUUCUUUACUGUUUGCCAAAUAAAACAAUAUUCGCGUGUAUUGUGAGCGGAUUUAUGUCGAUCGUGAAGCCGGAGACUUGAAUAAUUUGUGUGACAAAUUUACGGCUGCGAUCGCUAGGAUGAUGCAUCACCCGAACAUGCAUCAUCAGCCGAUGUCGGGGCACCCGCCGCCGCAGCACCUGUCGGGCCACCAGGGCAUGCCGGCGCACCACCAAAUGCCGCCGCACCAAAUGCACCGGGAGAACAGGCAUGUAGCAUUAACUAGGGUGCCGAUGGGUCCCUCUCAGGCCAGCGGUAUGGGCGGUCACGGUCAGAUGGGCGGUAUGGGCUCCAUGCCCGUCCCGCCGCAUCAUGCGCCCACACCGCGACCGCCGCACCCUAUCAGAUCCAUGCAUCAUCCGCCGACGCAACACCACUCUGUGCCGCCGCAACAGAACCGCAUCCGGCGGCCGUACUCAGUCGGGGGAGGCUACGGCCCCGGCGCAGUGCCCGGCGUCAUGCCGCCGCCCUACGCGCCGCCGCCGCCUCUGGCGCCGCCCACCACGCAGCAGAGCCACAACGGUCUGUGCAGGCCUUCCUCACCAAUACUCUCAGUGCCAACAAAGCUAAAGCCUGACUUUGUGACACCAUCAACCUCGGCUAGCACAAUAAACUCCGCGCCAAGCAACAAUAUUGACACGAAAGAAGAGAGCGGGAUAGUAUUAUCGAACAAUGCGGGAGUGGGAGCGGGAGCGGCGACAGACGCGGACGACAAAAUAGAGAAGCACGCGGCGGCGGGUGAGGGCGAGGCGCGCGCCGCCGCGCCGGCCAACAGUAAAGAGAAGACCCCCAUGUGCCUGGUCAACGAGCUGGCCAGGUACAAUAAGAUUAAGCACCAAUACCGCCUCACAUCAGAAACGGGGCCCGCUCACAAAAAAGUAUUCACAGUAACACUCCGACUGGGUGAUACUGAGGAAUACACAGCUGAGGGGUCAUCGAUAAAGCGCGCGCAGCACGCGGCGGCGAGCGCAGCCCUAGGCGGCACGCGCUUCCCGCCGCCGCCGCCGCGCGCGCCGCCCUCGCACGCGCACCACGCCUCGCACCACCGCCACGCUGGUGCUGUAAUGCCAACAGUGGAACUCAACGCACUGGCGAUGAAGCUGUGUCAGCCGGCGGUGUACACGUCCGUACCGGCCGUGCCGCGACCGCGGCCGCGCGUGCCGUACCGGCUGCCCGCGCCCUUCGUGCCGCCCUACCCUCACGCGCCGGGCCCGCACGUUCACACGCCGCGGCUGAUGGAGCCCGCGUCCCUGCUGUACAGGGUGCGCGUGUGCGUGGGCGGGCGCUCGUGGGUGGGCGAGGGCGCCACGCCGCAGGGCGCGCGCCACGACGCGGCCGCGCGCGCGCUGCACGACUUGCGCCCCUCCAACGGCAACGACAGCGACAAUGGAGAUUCUGGUUCGGAUAUCCUCAACUCGGAAGUGAAGUCGCCAGUGUCGCUGGUGCACGAACUGGCGCUCAAACGGAAUCUCAACGUGCAGUUCACGGUCAAGUCGGAGCGCGGACCGCCACACAUGAGGGUGUUCGUAACAGCGUGCACGGUGGGCGAUAUGGAGACAGAAGGGGAAGGGAACGGCAAGAAAGUGUCAAAGCGGCGCGCGGCCGAGCGCAUGCUGGAGGAGAUGCGGCGCCGCUGGCCGCCCGCGCUUCUGCGUGCGCGCCCGCCCGCCGACCGACGCCGACACGCGCCCACUAAGAAGAAGCCCAGGAACCUCAUCAAGGAGGGCGGUGCGGGCGCGGGCUCGGGCAGUGAAGGCGGGGGCUCGAGUGCGGGCGGCGCGGGCGUCAACGCCGCGAGCGCGAGCGGCGGCGCCGACAACCCCAUCUCGCGCCUCGCCGUCGCGCGCCACGCGGCCCGCGCGCGCUCGCCGCAGUACCGCGUGCUGGAGGAGAGGGGCGCGGCGCGGCGGCGGGAGUUCUUGGUGCAGUGCGAGGCGCCGCCGCACUGUGCCACGGGGCUGGGACCCAACAAGAAGACCGCCAAACGACGCGCCGCUCACAAUGUCCUGCUGGCAAUGGAAAUGAGCACAAACUCCAACGACCAGCCCACACUGAGUGCAAACAGCGGUGACGCCACCAACGUCUCUGGGGAUUCUAAUAAAGCUAAUAACAUUGACGUAAAACGAAAGGAAAACGAGGUGAAUUCGGGAGGCGCCAACAGUGAUGUGCGACAGCCGGUUCCCGGCGUUCUGAUGAUGGACUACCAUCAACGCAGUGGACAACCUUCACAACCCAAUGGAGUGAGCGAGACAAGCGCCACGGGCGGCGUAACGCCCGCCGUGUCCUCUGGUGUGAGCGGGACGGGCGCGGGCAGCAACUCACCCGGGGCCAAGGACCAGCUCAUGUACCUGUCCCAGCUGCUGGGCUUCACUGUGCAGUUCUCCGACUUCCCCAAGCGCAACCACGGCGAGUACCUGUCGCUGGUGUCGCUGUCGACGGAGCCGCCCGUCAUGUGCCACGGCGGCGGUGCAUCCACCGCGCACUCGCACGAGCAGUGCGCGCGCGCCGCGCUGCGCGCCCUCGCGCUCAUGGGCCUCGACGCGCCCACCACCGGAAUGCAGAGCAUGCCGGGUCCGGGCGCCAAGGCCGGCGUGAUCAGCACCGGCACCGGCGAGUGAGGCCCCCACCACCCCCCUCCCCCCGUAGCGUAAUCCCCUCCCUCGCAAUAUUACACGUGUGAAUAUCUCACGGCGCGAAAUAAAUCGUUCGGGAUGUCCUCUUUGCUUGACUGCUGUAGUUCGUGCCACGGCUGAUGGGUACCAAUGGUAACCGGUGUGUAAUUUUUUUAAACCAAAACAUUUUUUACAGAGUUUUGGGGUAUAAAAUUAAUGAAAACUUCGUCUUAAUGUUAUCAACUAAAAGAAAUGGAUGUUACUCUGGAAUUCAUAGUCGAGAUAGGGGCUUCUUUAAAGGGUGAUACAAACAACAUAUUGCGUCAUAUUCAACCUUUAUACAACGCGUUAAGGUUGUGUAUGGCACAUGUCGUCUGAAUCGUCCUCUAAAGAAUUCUCUAUUUUGUUUGACUAUGAAUUCCCAUGUUAGAAAUAAAGAUUUGAAUUUUGAAUC